AUGUAUCUUUCACCGUUUUCACUUCUAACACUCCUUAAUCUUGCCUCUUCUCAUGCAUAUGGUGCUGUAAUACCACAACGGAAGUCUCCAUACCUGCCUGUCCCGUUUCAAUUGGGUCGUCGGGUAACGGCUGGGGCUUACACUAUAACCGCAGAUGAUAGCAAUCAAACACAGAGACUCGAGGCAAUAAAUGCCACGCGCGCAGGAUUCCUUUACGGACCUGCUGUUGGCGGCGGACCCUUUUAUCCUGCAGGCCCCGUGGGCAAUUUGACGGCGAGUGAAGACUCGGCCGCCCUCGACGCCGAUGAGGAGGCCGAGGAUUUUGGCGACCUCUCCACGCUGGAAAGUUACGUACAGCUCUACGACAACGAGUGGACACAUUCGCUACCAAAUGGUCCUGCGCCGGGCAUCCUCACCAACUACACCCAAGACCUUGUCUUCUCAAUGGAACGCUUAGCAAACAGCCCAUUCGCGGUGAGGAGGCUCAACCCGUCAAGCGAUUCACUCCCCUUCCAGGUCGAGGACUCCAUCGCGCAGAAUGUGUCUGGCCUGACACUAGAGAGCUUGUUCUCAGCUGGUCGCCUCUUCUAUGUGGAUCAUACCGACAUCGGGACCCUCCCGACCAACGGGCGGUACACCGCAGCGACCGAUGCGUAUUUCGUUAUUGAUGCGACGUCUGGAGAUUUCCUGCCCUUGGCUAUUCGGACGGGGGUGGGAGCAGACCUGAUCUAUACGCCUACAGAUAAGGCUGAUGACUGGUUGUUGGCUAAGAUCAUGUUCAAUGCCAAUGACUUAUUCUUUGCUCAAUUCAACCAUCUAGCAGCUACUCAUAUGGUGGUUCAAAUUACCUGGAUGGCAGCUAUCCGCUCCCUCAGCACUGAGCAUCCUGUCUACGCUAUAUUUGAUCGCCUCGCUUACGAAACAUUUGGAAUUCAACCUAUUGCAGCUGCGAUGCUGUUCGCUCCCGGGGCUGCAAUCGAUGAGAUUUUCCCUGUUAGUGGCACGACAGCACAGAACUAUGCAAGUGACCUGUAUUUCAACGGGAAGGGCAAUUUCCAGGCCAACUAUUUCUUGACGGACUUGCAAAAUCGAGGACUUAUCAACUCGACGAUCGGCCCCGAGCUUACUCACUUCCCUUUCUACGAGGAUGCUGCGGUUAUUUAUAACGCAGUCGAGACCUUUAUGACGACUUUUGUCGACUCUUACUACACCACAGACAGCGCGGUUGCGGCUGAUACAGAGUUACAAAAUUGGGCCGAGGAGGCGAACGGCCCAGCUGAGGCGAUGGGCUUCCCUACAACCAUCUCAGACAAGGCCACGCUGAAAGAUCAAAACAAGACCGAGUCAAUGCUAAUCUCCCUCAUUAACACACAGGCUCACCUUGUCACCUCGGCGCAUCACUCUGUAAACACCAACCAGUUGGAAUCCCUCAGCCUGACGCUGCCUUUCCAUCCUGCAGCACUCUACGCACCCAUUCCAACCACCAAGGGCAACACCUCGGUCGUCUCGUUCCUGCCACCCUUUGAACAAUCCGAUGCGCAGAUCUUCGUUUCCGCCGGGUUUUCGCGGCCCCUGCUCGCCGGCACGAACCGUUCGCUUCUGCACAUGUUUGACGACGAGAGCAUGUUGAAUCUCAUGAAUGAGGAGACGGCCGAGGCGGCCGCCACAUUCAAGAGCACCAUGCAGGCGUUUAGCGACGUGGUCGCAGCGAGAACCUUUGAUGCAGAGGGGCUCUGCCAGGGGAUGCCUUUUGUGUGGCAGGCAUUGGAUCCCAACGUUGCGCCUUACUCCUCUGCUAUCUAG